AUGAGUAAUGAUUCAGCUCCGGUCAAACAGGCCGUUAUGGGAGUGCCACCAUUCGUCGUCGAUUUCAUGAUGGGUGGUGUGUCUGCAGCGGUAUCAAAGACUGCCGCAGCUCCUAUCGAGCGAGAAGAGAUGUUGAAAUCUGGUCGCCUAGACAGGAAAUAUGACGGCAUCUUAGACUGCUUCAAGCGGGUGACCGCAAAUGAGGGAGUAGCAUCUUUAUGGCGAGGUAACACUGCCAAUGUCAUUCGGUACUUCCCUACACAGGCUCUCAACUUCGCUUUCCGUGAUACCUACAAGGCUAUGUUCAACUUUAAGAAGGAUCGAGAUGGAUACGCCAAGUGGAUGGCUGGUAACUUGGCCUCAGGGGGUGCUGCCGGAGCCACUUCUCUCCUUUUCGUCUACUCCCUAGACUAUGCCCGUACACGUCUAGCCAAUGACAACAAAAGCGCCAAGUCUGGUGGCGAGCGUCAAUUCAAUGGAUUGGUGGACGUGUAUAAGAAGACCAUGAUGACCGACGGUAUUGCUGGAUUGUACCGUGGCUUCAUGCCCUCUGUUCUGGGUAUAGUGGUUUACCGUGGUCUCUACUUCGGCAUGUACGAUUCUAUCAAACCAGUUGUACUUGUUGGGCCUCUCGAAGGUAACUUCCUUGCUUCAUUCGCACUCGGAUGGACUGUCACAACUGGAGCUGGUAUCGCAUCUUACCCAUUAGACACUAUUCGUCGUCGGAUGAUGAUGACAUCUGGUGAAGCUGUCAAGUAUAAAUCCUCCCUUGACGCCGGACGCCAAAUUAUUGCCAAAGAGGGCGUCAAGUCGUUAUUCAAAGGUGCUGGAGCCAAUAUCCUCCGUGGUGUCGCUGGUGCGGGUGUUCUAUCAAUCUACGAUCAAUUACAGGUUUUACUGUUCGGUAAAGCUUUCAAGUAG